ACCCAGUGUUGGAUGAAUAACCGGUAGAGUCUGUUAGCCGUUAGCGCCUCACCUGAUCGGUUAAGGGAAAUAACGAGGCUCUGGUUGGUGUUUAAUCUGCGGUGAGUGACCAUUUCCGGUAUUUCCUUAAACAAGAAGGAGCGCCAUGACGGUCCGCUUCAAGAACCAGACAGAGUACCAGAAGAGCUAUGGGGUUUCCCGAUCCAGAAGCGUCUCGCCCCGCCGCUGCCUCCCGCUGGCCGGUCUUCGGUCUGAACAGAUGGGCUCCUGUCCUGUCUGUAUCUGCAGGGAUCAGCAGGAAACCCGGUCCGCUUGGUGCAGCCCGGUCUGCCAGCUCUCUGCUUGCUCCUCCAGAGGAUCCAGGUGAUCAGACUAUGAGAACAGCGCCCCCAGCUGGUAGAAAUGCUUCUCCAGCUUCUAGGAGGCGUUUAGCACAGAACAAUCCACCAAAGAUGGACUCCAAACCAGCAAAGGAUUCUGAACCUGGAUCUCCAGCAGGACUUGAACCAACCGUCGGCCUUGAAGCUGCACCCAGACCAGAACCGGGGUCACCUUUCAGACCAGUACCUGAUGGGAAAUCCGGUAAUUGUACGAAAUAUGAGACAUCUGACUAUUUGUUACCACAGACCAUCUAAGGUCCAGAUCUGUUCUGUGCCCCAGCAAAGCUCCUCCCCUCUGAGCUCGAGCCCGGCGGACCGGCGGAACCAGAACCUGAUAACCAGGUCGACCAGGCGCUGCGCUGGAAGGCGGGGCUAAGACCUGGAGGUCAGAGGUCAAGGGGUCAGAGGUCAGAGUACCACAGACAGUUUGGCUGGAAGAACCUUGAAUCUGCAACAUCGCCUUUACUGACAGCAGAGCGGGUGUUGUACUCCAGCAGCCGGUCGGUGCCACCGUUUAAGAAGAACCCCGUUUCCAUGGAAACAGAGUACCGCAGGAGCUUCCGGGGUCUGAUCCCGCCCUCCGGGCCUCGCCUUCGUAGCCGUCUGGAACAUCACAGUGACCCGCUGUUCCACAAGUUCAGAAUCAACUGGAGGAAAACAUUGGAGCCACAGAAAAAGCUUCCUAGCAAAGCGGAAACGGCUCAGAGCGACGAUGGCAGGUCUCCUGCUCGGGUGCAGAGAAGACGCAGGAUGUUGACAGAGUAUCAGUCCAGCUUUCGUUCUCCUCUCUACAGGAACCCAGAGGGAGGCGGAGCUACUGAUGACAUGGCGGAACAGGUGAAGGAGCGGAGGCAGCAGGCCCUGAUGUACCGCCGCAGAGCCUGGGGAACCAACUUCUCCAGGAACCAUCUGAGCCAGCUGCUGUCUGAGUAUAACGCUCUGUGGGAGCCCACAGACUCCCUCACUGAGCCCUCCACCCCCCCGCCUGAGGCGGACAGCCGCAGCGCUUCCUGUGUGGAACCCCUGGACCUGGACAGUAACUCCAGUAGGAGGUCGUCAGUCAGUGCUGGAGGAACGCGGCCCAGAGUCAGAGAGACAAAGAGGAGCCCAGGAGGAGAACCCGACCCGGAACGCCACACAGCCCAGGGAGAAGAAGAAGAUACAGAUGAAGAGGAGGGAAGGUUACCGACUCCCAGAAUGAAAACGAGGCCAGUUCAGAGGACUCACCAUGACCUGACCACACCUGCCACAGGGGGCGCUAUGCUUGUUGGAAAACUGACCAAUGGUGAUGAUUCUUCUCCAUGUAAACAUAAGGAGAAAUGUUCACCAGAACCCGAGGCCGCUGUCAGCAGCAAGGCGAGCAAACCGAAGGAGGCGUGGACAGAAAACCACCCAACGUCCUUAAGCCCCCUUCCUACCCACAAACAGACCCUCAGCUCUCAGCCCAAACCAAUAAGGACGAAGCAGGCGCCCCUCGCUCUGACACCGCCCCCGCAGCAUGGGAUCCAGGGAACGCUGAGACACCCGGACUUCCAGCACAACGGUGAUUUGGGUUUGAGGUUCAGGGAGCUGCCAUGUUCCAGAGGAGGCUGCGGGUCUGAUGAAGACGACCGAUUCUCUGUGAUGUCAUGGCGCUCUGCAGCCUCUUGCUCUGCAGCGUCCGCCAUAUUGGAGCGCGCUCAGAAGAGGCGGGAGGAAUUCUGGGGGAAAAGAUGACAAACUGGAAAUAAACUCGUUCUGCAGAGCUGUGUCCUUCAUGUCAAAGCUUUAGAUGUUAUUUAUCUUUGUAGCAAAAGUUGAAAUCUUUUAUUUUCUUAACAGAAAUACAUUAGACAGCAGUGUAGAUUCUCAAACUCUUCAGUGCUUAAAGUCGUAGUGAAGUCAUAUUUAAAUGUCAAAUCAUUCUGGCUUUAACAUGUUUAUAAAUGUACUCUUAACCAGACGAUAUUGUCCCAAAAUGUAGAAAAUUACUAAAAAUCCUGCCUUAAAAUCUGUUUUUUUUU